AUGGCGGCAGUGCAGGAGCUCGCUGAGCGAGUCAAGGGCGACGACAAGUUCUACGUCGACACCGACGCCGGCGCCGACGACCAGACGGCGGACGGCUCCGAGGCCAAGCCCUUCAAGACGCUCGCCUACGCCUACAUCCACAACACCGGCCGUCCGACUGCACAAUACCUCACCCGCGCCUCCGUCACCGGAGCCAUUGGCCCGGACGAGGACCCCUCGGCGCGAUUGGCGUGGAAGGCGCCCGCCAAGAGUGCCGUCAAGAAGGCCCAGGGUGCCCUCGACGCCCACAAGAAGAAGCUGGCCAAGCAGGAGCAGGCCAAAGCCGCUGAGGAGGCCCAAAAGAAGCAGCGCCUUGAAAACCUUGAGGCUGCUAAGAAGAUUGUUCUCAAGGAGGACCCGUCGCUUCCCAAGGCCGUCAAGAUCACCAUUGACAACAAAAAUGUCGAGCUCGGUGACGGCGCCGACAAGAAGGGUGCCCGCGUUAAGGUCUCGGGCCGCAUCCACCGACUGAGGCCGCAAAAACAGGCGACCUUCAUCACCCUCAUUGACGGUGGCGGUCACCUGCAGUGCGUGUUGCAGGCCGGAGAUCUUACCAAGACGUACGAUGCCCUGACGUUCGCCCAGGGCACGUCCAUUACGUUGUACGGCGAAAUGCGCAAGGUUCCCGAGGGCCAGCAGGCGCCCGACAACCGCGAGCUGCACGUCGACUUCUACGAGGUCAUUGGCACCUCUCCCAGCGAUGAGGACGCCAUCACCAACAAGGUCUCGUCGGCCCAGAACCAGUGGGAUGCUCAGAUGCUUGACAACCGACACCUGGUGCUGAGAGGAGACCAUGCUGCGUCCGUCAUGAAGUUGCGCGCUGGCGUUGAGUGGGCUUUCGUCAACGCCUAUCAUGAGAUGAAGGUCACUAAGGUUUCGCCGCCUGCUCUCGUCCAGACCCAGGUCGAGGGCGGCGCCACCCUCUUCAAGGUGCCAUACUACGACGAGGAGGCCUUCCUGACGCAGUCGUCUCAACUUUACCUGGAGACGGCAAUCCCCAGCCUGGGCAGCGUCUACUGCAUCGAGAAGUCGUUCCGCGCUGAGAAGAGCCUGACGCGUCGUCAUUUGUCCGAGUACACACACGUCGAGGCGGAGCUGGACUAUAUCGACUUCACCGACCUGCUGGAGCACCUCGAGGAGAUCAUCUGCCGCGUCAUCGACAAGGUCCUGGAAGAUGCCGAGAUGGCGGCAAUCCUCAAGGAGCUUAACCCUGGCUUCACCCGACCCUCGCGUCCCUUCAUGCGCAUGAAGUACGCCGACGCCAUUGAUUGGCUCAACAAGCAGGAGCCGCCCAUUCCCAACGAGGACGGCAACCCUCAUGUCUUUGGCGAUGACAUCGCCGAGGCCGCUGAGCGCAAGAUGACCGACGCCAUCAACCGGCCUAUCUUCCUGACGCACUUCCCCGUCGAGAUCAAGGCCUUCUACAUGAAGAAGGACCCCAGCGAUCUCCGCGUUACAGAGAGCGUCGACUGCCUGAUGCCCGGCGUGGGCGAGAUAGUCGGUGGAUCAAUGAGAAUGGAGGGUUAUGACGAGCUGCUCGCGGCGUACGACAAGCAAGGCAUCCCGGCCAAGGAUUACUACUGGUACACCGACCAGCGAAAGUAUGGCACUUCGCCGCACGGUGGCUACGGCCUGGGUCUGGAGCGUUUCCUGGCCUGGAUGGCCAACCAGCACACGGUGCGAACGACAUGUCUGUAUCCCCGCUUCAUGGGGCGGUGCAAGCCUUGA